AUGCACUAUUCUAGCAUCGUACGCAGGCAGCGAGCGCAGCGAGCUGCAUGGUCAUCCGUCCUCCCUCCAACUUGCUCCCCAGACACACAUCGUUCCGACUUUUCACGCCCUGCCACCACUAUUUACGCUUUACGUAACCCUCUCCAGGUGUGGAGCCCCAACAACAUUUUGGACCCAGGCGACCACUUGGCCUCCAUUCUGCGGCAAGGCGACUCGAUACCUGCACUUCAUUCCGCAACCACACCUCGACGCACACCCAGCAACGUAGGCGCCAUGUCGAUCCCAGCCAGCGUCCCCGCCCCCGUGGGCCCGGGAGGCUUCCAGUCCAAAGGGCGUGCGCGCGCCGCAGCCAACAACAAGAAGUACGGCACGCCGCUCCCGAUCCUCCUGCCCGAGUCGCCAUUGUAUGCCGCGGCACUCGCCUCGCCUCCCCCCAAUUCGACCGUUGUCCGUCUGGGCCUCUUCACCUCUGCGCGCGCCAUUGUGCCCACAGUCAUAGGCGUGUUGGACCGGGACACGCAGAGUGUCUUCGUCUCGGACCCGGAGGACAUGAGGUUGCUCUUCGAGCGCGGGUUCUUUGGAAAGGGCAGUUUGAGCCGCUCCGAGCCGAGUUGGCGGGAUGGACGAAGGGAGUUGCUGAAGGGCGGAAAUGCGGCGAAUGCCGAGAAGAUUAGGGAACAGAGACGCAAGGAGAGGAAACAGUUCAAAAUCGACCGCGCGGCGGCUAUGAAGGAGGCGGCUAUCAAGGCUGAGGCUGUCGUUGCGGCCAAGAAGGCGGCGGGCGAGACGCCGAGGCCGGGAACACCGAAACUUGACACGCCGACGGAGGAGAAGGACGAGGAGGGUGGUGACGGAGAGAAGGAGGGGAAGGAGGUGAAGGAGGGACAGGAAGCAGAGGGCGACGAUCUCGACGUCAACGCGCUCACGCCGCAAACCUUCCUUGUCCGCCCAACGCGGCCCGACGCAAACCGUAACAGGGGGAAGAAGGCGUUCCGCAGAAAGCCCAAUGCCCCUACUACUCCCGGUGGAGCCGGCCCCUCGACCUCGGGCACCCCGGGCACUGCAACACCAGCGAAGGCUGCGGAGGUCGCGGCGGCCGAGCAGGCCGGACCGACAGAGGAGGAACUAGCUGCCCAGGCGGCGGAGAAGGAGGCAGAAGCCCAGCGCCGUGCAGAGGAGCGGGCGAAGGACGCCGCGCUGACCGAGACGGUGGCUGAGCUCGUGGACGAGAGGGAGCACCUGCAGCUGUCGUACCCCGAGGCGCUGUUCUUGGCGUCGAUUGGCGUGCUCAAGAUCCAUGAUCCCGAGGAGAACGCAAUGGUCCCCUCUGGCCGCGAAGUGACGGCCCUCCUAACCCCCCUCCCCGGCGUGCCGGGCACGAUCAACACCGAGAUCCUCCCCGACGACCCGCUGCUGGUGCAGUACGCAGUCUACGCGCACUUCAGGGCAUUGGGAUGGUGUGUCCGCUCCGGCAUCAAGUUCUGCGUCGACUGGUUGUUGUACCGUCGUGGGCCGGUUUUUAGCCACAGCGCCUUCUCCAUCCUCGUCGUGCCCGUCUAUAUGAAUAAUGAAGACAGGGAUCAGUCGCCCCACGCCAGCACGGACUGGUACGCGGAGCGCCAGAGCUGGAAAUGGAUCAACACGGUCAUGCGCGUGAAUUCGCUCGUCAUGAAGACUGUCGUUGUUGCGUAUGUCACUAUCCCCUCGCGCGAGACGUUCAGGACGUAUGGCGGGGACUUGAGCCGGAUCAUGGGCCAGUUCUCCGUUCGCGAAGUGUCCUUGAUGCGCUUCAGUCCUGCUAGGCGGCGUGAUUAG